UUUUAAUGGUUGUAAGAAAAUUAAACGUCUUUGGAAUACAGAUAUAUUUAAAACUAAUAAAAAAAGGAAUAUAAAAUAUACAUCCUUAUUUAAAAAUAAUUAUAAUACAAGUAUAUAUGAAAAAUGUAGCAAUAAAAAUUUUAAAAAAGAUAUAAUGUCUUAUAUUGAAGAAAUGAAAAAUAUUUAUAUACCUACAAAUGGUGAAUUAAUAAAGGUAGUUGAUGAAAUUAAAAAUAAAUAUAAUAAUAAAAUAUAUUGUAAUGAUAAUAAUAAAAUAUAUUGUAAUGAUAAUAAUAAUAAUAUAUAUUGUAAUGAUAAUAAUAAUAUAUAUUGUAAUGAUAAUAAUAAUACAUAUUGUAAUGAUAAUAAUAAUACAUAUUGUAAUGAUAAUAAUAAUACAUAUUGUAAUGAUAAUAAUAAUACAUGUUGUAAUGAUAAUAAUAAUACAUGUUGUAAUAAUAAUACAUGUUGUAAUAAUAAUAUGUGUUGUAAUAUAAAAAAAAGAAAAGCAAAUGAAAGAAAUAUAUUAGAUAUAAUACAAAGUGAAUAUAUAAAUAAUGCUUUCUUAGAAUUAUAUUAUAAUCUAGGUAAAGACAUUAUAUAUUUAAUACAUGUAAUGAAACCAAGUAUAUAUGAAAUAUAUAUGAGAAGAAGUAUAUUAUAUAAUUUACAAUUAUUUUUAAAAGAAAUAUAUACAGAUUAUUGUAUGAUAAUAUUUGGUUCAUGUAAUAAUGAUAUAGAUAUAUAUAAUUCAGAUAUUGACAUAUGUAUAUAUAAUACAAUACAAUCAGAUAUAAUUAAUAUUAGAAAAUUAUAUAAAAAUAUGUUAUAUCAUCCUCUUUUUGAAAAUGUAAAUAUUAAAAAAAUUAUUCAUGCUAAAGUACCUAUCAUUAAAUGUUUUUUUAAUUAUACAAAAUUAUCUGUUGAUAUUUCUUUUAAUCAAAUAAGUGCUCUCACUAGUUCAAUACAAACACAAAAAUAUAUUCAGAAAUAUCCAUUAAUGAAAUAUGUACUUAUAUUCUUAAAAAUGUUCUUAUGUCAACAUGAUUUAAAUGAUGCUUCAAAGGGGGGUAUCAGUUCUUUUAACAUAUUGUUAUUACUGUCUCAGUUUUUGAAUUCUCAAACGUUUAUAUUUUAUGACCUACAUAAAGACACCAAUAUGGAAACUGCCAACAACAAUAAUAAUAAUAUUAAUAGUAGUGGUAGUAAUUAUUGUGGUAGUAAUUAUUGUGGUAGUAAUUGUUGUGGUAGUAAUUGUUGUGGUAGUAAUUGUUGUGGUAGUAAUCGUUGUGAUAGUAAUCAACAGUGUGAUCUUAUAAACAACGAAAUUCUUUUUAUAGGAGAAGUUGUUUAUAAAUUUAUUUGUUCUUAUGGUCUUCUUAAAGAUAAAAAUAAAUUAAUUUAUUUUUUACAAAAUUAUUAUCAUACAUCUAAUUUAUUAAAUCAUAUUUCCUUUUUUAGUACCAACAAAUCGUCACAACAUUUUUAUGCACACAUGAACGAUUCAGCUACUUUAUUUCAUGAUAUUUUUUAUAAAAUGCAAAUUAUUAAUCCAGUUGAAAAAGAAAAUGUAUCUAGGAUUUCUUUUGAUAAAAUAAUUAAAAUUAGAUUAUCUUUUAAACAAGCAUCUUUUUCUAUGAUCAAUAUUAUUUUAAAUUAUAUAAAUAAAUAUUUUUUAAAUUAUUCGGAAAUAUUAAAAAAUCAUACACAUUCUUAUUAUAAAAUGUUUAAUAGUUAUAUUCAUUUCCUUUCCUUAUUAAACUUAUUAGGAGAUAACUUUAUUAAUAAUAAUCUAAAUAAUUAUUAUAAACUUCUUUUUAAUAAUGUAAAGCCACUCUUAAAAAUAUUAUUAAAUGAUAAUCAAGAACAAAUGGAAAAAAUUAAUAUCGAUUGCCAAAUCAAUCAAGAUAAACAUAUCAUUGAUCAUAAUAGUGAUAAUCAAACAGAUAACCAAAUCAAUCAUAUUAAUAUAUCAUGUCAGAAAUUAAAAUAUAUAUAUGCACAACAAAAUUUAUAUAAUAAUUCAUUUAUACAAACAUCCAUAGAACAACAACAUAUUCCUAUUAAUAAUGUUACAUCUAAACAUAAUCACUUAUAUAAUAAUCAAAUACACACAAAACUGCCUCAUUUUGAAAAUCAAGAAAUAAGACAUACACAAAUUAAAUACUUACAACAAUUAGAGAACCAUGCACAAUUAAAAGAAAUUAAUAGUGAUAAUGAUAGCGCAUAUGAACAAAAUAUAAUAAAUAAAAAUAUAAAUAUAUAUACUAAUGAUAAUAUGGAAAUAAAUAUGGGCAGUGACUUAUCCAAUUUGAACAAUAAAAUAAAAAUACAAGAAAAUUGUGAUAAUAAUGAUGAUGAUAAUAAUAAUGAUGAUGAUAAUAAUAAUAAUGAUGAUGAUAAUAAUAAUGAUGAUAAUAAUAAUAAUAAUGAUGAUAAUAAUAAUAAUAAUCUUAAUAAUGAUAUUCCAUUGGAUAUAAAAAAAAUUAAAUUGUGCCAUGCGAAACUUCUUAAACAAUUGCAUACAUAUAUUAAAAAACAUGAUUUGCAAAUAUUCAAAAAUAAAAUUAAAAAAAUAUUUAAAUCAUUUGAUAAUAAUAUAAAAAAUAAACCUAAUGAAUUAGUUCAAAAUAUAUGUCAACAAUUAACAACACUUAAUCAUAUUAUGGAUGUUCAUGAUAUUUUAUCCAAACGAUUUUAUUAUUAUUAUAUAUAUAAUGAUACUUUUAAAGAAUUAAAACAUGAUGUCCUAUUACAAAAUGAUAACAAUUUAAUUCACAAACAAAAAAAAGAAAUGUUAAAAAAGUUAAUCAAAAUGAAAAAUUAUUAUGCAUAUAAUUUAUUGGAUCUAGAUAUAAACACUAACGUUUUUGUCCAACCAGACGUACAACAGUAA